GACCAUGGUGCCCCGAGUGUGGUCGCUGAUGAGGUUCCUCAUCAAGGGCAGUGUGGCCGGGGGUGCCGUCUACCUGGUGUAUGACCAGGAGUUGCUGGGGCCAAGCGACAAGAGCCAGGCUGUCCUUCAGAAGGCUGAGGAGGUAGUCCCCCCAGCCAUGUACCAGUUCGGCCAGUACGUGUGUGAGCAGACCGGUCUGAAGAUGCCCCAGCUCCCAGCCCCUCCAAAGUUUAACUUUCACAUCCGCGACACCUGGAAUUCAGGCAUCAUUACGGUGAUGUCGGCCCUGUCGGCGGCCCCCUCCAAGGCCCGCAAGUACUCCAAGGAGGGCUGGGCGUACCUGAAGGAGCGAACCAAGUAGCCUGUCAGAAGAGGCCACCUGCCCCGGUCAGGAACAGGGGCAGGGGCACCAUAGACCCUGAGACUCCAGACUGGGACUGGGACCCCACUCCAAGGGCAGCUCCUGGCCUUGCCGGCCCAAUAAAGGACUUUGGAAGAAAAAAA